AUGGGAAAUUUAUUCACGCGAAAUAAAAAAGUUUCGCCUUUGCAAGAGGGGAUGAAGACAUCCGAAUCGAGAAAAUCGGGUAAUGCUCGAUGGUAUCUAGGUGCGUUAUGCUGCAAGAAGAAUGCAGUCACUCCCUACAUAUCCGCGACUUUAAACAAGAAUCUGACCGCAGAACCAAACAUGGACCUUCAAGUUGAAGCGCUCUGUGAAGCUGAUCUCGAUUCAUCAAGAGAAUUGGCUUUGAUUGAGUCGAGAAAGUUGGAAUUAUCAUCCGUUGAUGCGAAGAUUUCCAAACUUGACUGCGAUGAAGAAUCUACUGUGGUCAGAAAGGGAAUCGUUCUUAAGAGGAAUGAAGAAGGCAAAACACGCGCGGUCGCAUUUGAUGUUGAGUUGCUGGAAGAAGGCAAACUUAAUAGACCUCAGUCAAGCUUAUCAACGGGCCAGCGAGCGAAUGGGCCUAGAAGAUUGAGAAACCGAUUGCCUGAACUACCUGCACUCACUAAAGAAGACAUUCAGAGAAAAUUAACACAAGCUGUGAGCAGAAGGGAUACUCUCAUGAGAGACCGAUCAGAGAGGAUUCGAGAAAGAUCUGCUCUUUCGAAGGAAAUGCUUCAAAGACUGGAGGCAGAGAAGCAGCGUUUGCUUAGAGAGAAAAUCCAGGAAAAGGAGCGAAAAGCUGCAGAGAAGAAGGAAAGGUUGAGUAGGAGAAAGGAAAGAAAGGCUGCUAGAAGAAGCAGAAAGACGGAAAAGGCGAAGACUAAUGCGGUCGAAAGAGAACGACAAAGUUGUGCCAAUGCUGAGCAAGCUCUCAGGACAAAGAUGAGGGUGGCUGAGGAAAAUAAGAAAAAGGUGAUGCAUGCACAAGAACUGAAGCUGAAUGAACACAGAUACAAACAAAUUCAAGCAAAAUUGAAAACGUUGGAAGAUGACAGAAAGCCAACAUUAGAGAGUGCAAAUGAGGGUACUUGCAAUGAGGGAUUUAAAAUCCCUUUGCAUUUGCUAAGCAAAGAAAAGAGACUGAAAGCUAGACAAUCAGAAGGAAAGGUGGAAAAGAUUGAAUGGUCUAAAGAAGAAUCAUCAGAGGAUGAGAUGAACUUUGAAACUUACGUUGACGAAUCAAAGCAUCCAUUUGAAGAGAGCUCAGAGGGUGAAGAGAGCGAAGAGGAUCCCUUUUGGAAUUAA